AUGCUGGCGAACAAUACUUCCAUUGACCUGCGAUUCCAAGCUGGGUCAAUGCCUGCCUCCCUCGCAGACGCCAUCGACUCAGACUCUCGCUCCAGCAGUCUCUCGGACAUCGACGAAACCCUCUCCCACGGCCAGCUAGAUGACCUCUCUCCUCGUCCAUCCAAGUUUGCGUCGGAAAUCGACUCCGAGGCUGAAACCGAGCGCAUAGAGGACUCGCCACACCAUAACCGUGACCGUGACAAAGCCAGCAUCGUCCUGAGCGGUGUCGGUGGCGUCUUCGCAAGUCCAAGCAAGCUAGCACAGUCCACUACCUAUGACCAGCUAGAUGAAGAAAAUGAGGACGAGGAUGAUGAGGCUGAAGACACUGAAGCGUCGCCUAGCAAGCCGCCGCGCUCAGCAAAGACAAACGGAACGGGCAAUGGCAACGCCCACAGCGAAAAAGAGAGUGAUUUUAAGUCAACUAAGCUAUCAGAGUCACAGGAAACACUGAGCCUUAUCAAGAAGCGCAAGAGAAUGAACUCGACGCAUGACUUGGCGGCUCUGCCACAGGAUGACGAUGAUGGGGAAGAGCCUGCCCGUAAGCGCCGUGGGUCCAUCGCCGUUGAACCCUCUGCAGAUGACGAGUCCGCAUAUCCUCCGGUUGUUCAGUCGCCAGAAGAGGAAGACGAGGACGAGGGUGAAGCCGAAGCAGAAGCUGAGGCGGAUGCUGAGCCUGAGCCCGAGGCUGAGCCCGAACCCGAAGCUGAAGUGGAAGCGGAAGCUGAGGCAGAGGAUGAUGAAGAUAAAUCAAAACUGAACAACGCCGAUGCCUCCAAGCCUACCAGUCCUAGCCCUGUAUCCGACGAAACAUAUCUCUCCUCUUCAGCCAAGAGAGGCAAGAAAGGGAAAAGAGACAAAAGACGGGGUAAGAAAGGCAAUACUGAAACAUUUGGAGACUCCACACCACGGGCCGGGUCUGUGGUUGAGAGCAAUGGUCUCGAUGCUACAGAAGAACAGCCUGUAGACGAUACACUGGCAGAUACUGGAGAUGAUCCGGAGGCGGCAGUGAAAUUAGAAGAAUCACUCGACCUUUUAUCUGAUCUUGAACGGCAUUUUGCAACAUUACGAGAUAGAAUAUACGAUGAACGCAUAUCGAACAUCAACGAAGAACUCUCCCAGCUCUCUUCUCCCUCUCCAACACACCCCGAAUUCCUUCGCCAGGCCGCCAUUGUCCAAUCUCAUAUCAAUGCCAAAAUCAACCACGAAAAGAUUCUUCACGCCUACAAAUUCCAAGCUCUCUGCGUCAAGUCCCGCGCUGAACGAGCCCAGUGCAACUCAUCCUACUACCAAACCGUGCGCGAGAUCCGCGAAGCUGCUCUAGAUGCUGUCUCAGAACACCAAUAUAAAGUCCAGCACGACAGAUUCGGCGGCAUCGGUAUAAGUUGUCCCGGCACUGGUGCUGGCUCAAGCUCUUAUCCGGGCCUGGCCGGGCCUGCAAGCGGCAUACUAGCAGACGCCACAUCCGACGCAGUGACAGAAUAUACCAUCCCCUUCCCGACUCGCCUAAGCAAACAAAUUGCACAUCAGGCAGCCUACAACCGAGAAGUCUCCGUCCUUGCCGGUUUCGCAAAAUACGUCGGUUUCCCAGCUGCCCCGUCCUUAAAACCAUCAAGAGCGCAGGAAACGGAUGAAGAUCUCGAGAAAAUGGGCAUACGCACUCGGCGAUAG